CCUGCACGACCUAUCUCGCCCCCUUCUCCUCGCACGUCUCUCGCCCCCUCCUCCCGCGCCGUUCGCCGCCCCGCCGUUCCUCCCGCACCCUUGCGCCGCCAUUAGCCACAGGAUCCGCCGUGCCGCGCGCGGAGACGCCUCCAGCAGCUGCCGCCGAUGCCGUAACCUCCCCCUGCCUCUACCCCAGGCGCGAGGAACCUACCUCCCGAAGCAACCGGAGCGGCAAAGCGGCGGAUGAAUGGAGAGAUGGCGUCUGUGGCGGCGGGGAAGGAGAUGGCGCGGGCGUCCUACAUCCAGAUCAAGCACGAGGAGGAGUGGCGAGGGCCCGAGGGCCGGUUCUUCUCCGCCACACGCGCGCCGAUGUCGCCGCGCGUCGACCAGAUCCUCGCCGGGCGCGCCUCCUUCGCCGACCUUGCUGCACAGCACUCCGGCUGCUCCUUCGCCCGUCGCGGCAGCAACCUAGAACCAAUUGAUUUGCAGAAGAUGACAUGAAUCGGAAGGGUAAUCAGUGCCGCCAACGGAAGGCUCGGCAGUGCUGAUCACCAGAGCUAGACUACUGGCAGUGCCAUCCAAAUCCUCGGUGACGCUCAAGGUAUAUACACUGUACACACAAAGGGGUCCACAUGCAAUUAUCUAAUUGUUGGAUGCAUCAGAUUAACAUGCUGAAUGAAUCACAUGUGUAUACUUGAGACAAAUGAAUGUAUUAAUGGUUAGUCAAUUUUUUUAUUCAUCAUUUUUACAUGUCCUCCAGGGGAGUAAAUUGCUCAAAGCCACCACAUUUGUGGCUAGAGUACUCCAAAACCACCGCUUUUGCAAAAAAUCACGAAAAACCACCGACUCCGCGGCAAGUGAGUAACAAAUCGCACUAAUUUGAAACUGAGACGCGUCUAACAGUGGAACUGACGAGUUGGCCCCACAUGUCAGGCUGAUUUGGCGUGCCUAGCUGGAUAAUAUGCUGAGGUGGCAAAGGGCCCACAUGUCAGCCUCACACCUCCGUCUUCCUCACAUCUGCUCGGGGGCGCUCCUCGACGACUGGCGGCGGCGGACGCGGCCGUACCCAGCUGUCGCCGCACUGCCGGACACCAGAUCCGACCGGAAUCAGUCUCCCGCCUCCAGAUCCGCCCUCCGCCGUUGUUUCCCGUCCAAAACGGGCUCCAACCACCGCCGUUGGGCCCCGGCAUCGCCGCCGCCGAUUGGACUCGAACCCCACCAUCGCAGGGACCCUGCAUCGCCGUCGUUAUCGAUUCACUAGUGGCCGGCCACGACAGGAGCAUCUGGUGGCAAGGAGUCGCUCCGCCCGAGCCGCUCACCAGGGUCAAGCGGCUGGCCACAGUCGCGUCCGCCGUCGCCUGGCCUUGAACCCACCGCCGCAGGGCCCCUGCAUCGCCACCGCCGCCGAUUCACCAGCUUCUCACAGUUGGGCAUGGCCGCGUUCACCGCUGCCGACUGACCUCGACCCCGUGCGUGCUGGGCGCACGCGCACGGUAGCUCGGCCUUGUCGGAGCGGGCCGGGGUGCGGGCUCACGCUGGCUCGGCCUCGCCGGAGCAGGCAGGGGGCGGGCGCGCGGC